UCUAACCCCGGCUUCCCCCCAAACUCCUUCUAGAGAUCGACUUUUAGCUCAACGGACAAUGCUUCCGAACACGAAGGCUCAAGCUUCCCCUUCCUUCUCAGCUACGUGGUUAUUGUUAAGAAGACCGUGCAUAAUCAUACAUAAUGCCAUGGCAAAAGGUCCAGACACCUCGCUUAAGCAUGAAGCAGUCAAUUCUCCUUUACCGCCUCUAUCAAGCCAGUAAGGGGCUAGCUGAGCACAUUCGUUCGCAAACUGAGUCGAUAAAGGUGCAUAGUACGUGCUUGAAACCUUACCUGUACAAUGUCCUGUCCAGUGCUGUCCUGCCAGGUCAGCCGUCGGUGAGAGGCCCAGAAGCGGUCAGCUCAGCUUGCUUGAGCAAGACACGCCCUGGGCCCUUGCAUGGUGAAUGGUAUGUACCUGAGAUUAUGGGGCCGCGAGCCUCUCGGCUAAGAAAGCCAAGAAGGCAACGAGAGGCUAUUAGUGGGUAAUGAGAUCGAGUGGCUAGGAAACGUGUUCAUGAAUUUUAAGGAAUAAGAAAGAAAACUCGC